CAUGCGCUGAGCUCAUUUACACCGAAAUAUACUUAUUUUAUGCUUUUUUAUGUUUUCUCUGCAUCAUAUGAGGUCAUGUUCCUGUAGGAAAUUAAGUGAUUUGAGUUGUCUCUGCGGUCAGCAGUUACUUGGUGAAACUCACGUUUCAUAUCAGAACAUAUUAGGCAAAAGAUGAAGAACCACUUCAAUGUUAGUGCCCUCACCAGCCUGAGCAUCCCAGCGACUGUGGGAAAUGCUUGCGGAAUCGACUUCAGUCAAGAUGGCAUCUUCCUUCCCGUCCUGUAUGGAAUCUUCUUCAUCAUCGGCACCCCUUUAAACCUGCUGGCACUCUUUGGGCUCUACAGACUCAUCCAGUCGGAGAACGUUCUACCAGUGUACGUCAUCAACCUUCUGAUCGCAGAUCUAAUUCAACUUCUGACUUUGCCUUUAUGGAUAGAUUACUACGCCAACGGACACCACUGGCGCUUCGGACCCCGGAGCUGUCAGUUCAUGGGUUUGUUUUUUUACAUUGGCAUUUAUGCGGGCAUCUUUUUCAUGUGUAUCAUUGCUCUAGAGCGUCACCUGGCCGUCGCCAGACCUCUCAGUUUCAAGUAUCUCCGUAACUUGAAGUUUGCUCGCUGGAUAGCACUCAGCAUUUGGAUUCUAAUUGCAGUGCCACCUGCCAUUGCAUUCAACAAGCUCUUUCCCAAGCAGGAAAAUUACACUCUUUGUAUCGAGAAGUAUCCCUCAGAGGGCAGUUUUAUCACCUACAGGCUGAUUACUCUGCUUGUGUCCUUCAUCAUACCCCUGAGCUUCAUUGUUGGUCUCCAUAGAGAGACCGUCCGCUCGCUGAUGGCAAUCAACUCGCUUUUAUCCGAGGAGAAGAGGAGUAUCAGGGGUCUGCUCACCCUUCUGGUGGCCGUAUUUGUCACGGUGCUGGGGCCCUAUCAUUUCAUCGGCUGUGUGAAGUACGUCGGACUGCUGAUACACAGCAGUCCGUGUGUUUGGGAAAAGGCUGUGUUUGUACCUUAUCAGAUAGGGCGAGGCUUUCUGAGCCUUAACAGUUUGCUGGAUCCUGUGUUUUACAUCUUUCUCCGCAGAGACUUCCGUGCCGCCGCUGGGAAGUACUUGCCCUGCCUGAGGAGAGUGAGGAACAGAUCGUAUCGGACAGAGAAAGUAACAAGCUCUACUCUAGACUGUGACUGAAGAUUUCCUCCUUGUUAUGUAUUUGAAAUACACUUUGGACAAAGAACUAAGAAACUAUGCCAAACUCAUACAAAAGGCCAUUUAAUUAGAUCUAUGGUGGCAUCAUCUAAGACAGAUAUUUUAGCAUUAUUGUUCAUGUUUAAUCAGAAGGCAUUUGGCAUUGCUAUACUUUUAGUUACCCUUGCUUUGUUUGUCUGUUGA